AUGAGGCCAAUGACUGGGACAACGACAACAACAGCAAUGACAGCAACAACCACAGCAUUGACAGCCACAAGCGGCAGCGCUGCCGUCGCUGCUCCAGUUCGUCGCACCACCGCCCGAGCCACCGCCGGUGUACAGCGCCGUCGAGUCGUCAAGAAGCACAUCCAACAGAAGUACAUGCUCUGCGGCUUUGCCAUACACGCGUUCCUUGCCACGCCCGCAUUUUUGUAUGGCAACGUUGUUGAAUCUGACAAGGAUCUGGUGCUGCGUAUUUGGCCAGCCAUUGUCUAUCAGGCCACAGGCGAGCUUUGCCGCUCCAUUAUGGAGCAUCUCGACACAGAGUACAGUGGAAGAGCACGUGAGACAACAAAGUAUCGUCGAAUCUUUUUGCUGGCUACUCUCAUUGCCUGCAUCUCGCUAAUGAUAAGCGGUAUAUUUUUCUCAUCGGCCUGGGUGGUUGUUACCACAACCACGCAAACGGUAGCCAUUGUCUUUUAUGGCUUCUUUGCCGGCAUCGGCGCCAGUCUUUAUCUGUGGCGCACUCACGUAAUAUUGGAGGCAGUACGUCCGCGCGAGGACAAAUAUGUGCGCAAGACGAUUCACUUGUGCGGUGAGGCCUUUUGCCAACUGUUCCUCUCAUUCGUCUUCACCAGCCUCCGCACACUCUAUGGCACGGCGCAAUCUAUUGUUCUAAUGUCGGCGCUGCUCGUUAAUCUUAUACCCUUGAGUUUAAUAAUCACGAAGCAUCGUGAGGACGCCUUCACGACAAAACGUAUUUCGGUGAUAAAGGCAGAGACAGGAUUUGCGGCGUUGCCCCUACGAAGUCUGCCUGCCCAUCUUGUGGCUGAUCAAUUGGAUGGCUUGGAUACGGUGGGAUCGCCAUGGCGUAAUCCUUCCCCUGACGUUAAUACCGGUUCUGCACCGGUUGCUGUCCUAGCUGCCGCCGUCGCUGAUACGCAUUCAAAUUACAUGCUGGCUACAGACGAAGCCUAUGUGACAUAUGUGAAUCCCAAUGGUGUCGAGAUCAUGGAAAUAAUACCCGAGGAGGAUGAGACAUUGUCCAUGAUGCGCUCCAGUACCGCCACUAUUGACAACUAUGGACGCCUGAGUGUGCAUGCUUCCCAAUCGUUGUCCAAUGGCCGUGUGUAUCAAUCGCAGAUCUCUGGUGGCAGUGCCACAACACCAGUGGAUCCCUACACCAAUCUGCAUCGCAUAAGGCGAAUGUCGCGAGCUGUAACUUCGCAUUUGUGGUGGAAUCUGCUGGAUAAGAUCGCCAUGCCGCUGCAGCAGGCGCUGCUGGUGCCGCAGUUAUAUGCGACCACACUACUAUUGUCAGCUGAUAUUUUUAGCUACGUGAUGUGUCUUACUGUUCUACCCGGGCUGGCUGUGAGCCACCACGCAUUAAAAAAUGCCGAAAUUCCGUUUCUCUUUUCGUUGUUGGCCUUUCCAUGGAUGUGCUUCUCGCUGAUGACGCCACGAUUUGGCAGCAGUCUGUACAAGCACAAGCUGCAAUGGCACUCAAUGGGCAGCAUCUGCAAGUUUAUGGCCUUGAUUUUUAUUAGCUUCUCAACAUCGAAGCUACUGUUAAGCGUUUCGGCCGUUCUACUGGGCUUUGGCCAGGUUGUCACCGCCUUUCUGCAAGAGCUAGUAUUUCAGAUGAGCAUGCCGCGCGCCAAUUGGACCGCCAUCCGCAGGCCUGUGCACUUCACCAACGGCCUGUUGAUAUUGGUUUGGGGCGCUUUGGCGCAUUGGGUUGUGGUGCGAUACUCCUUCCAGGCCACCGUUUUGUUGGCGGGUACGCUUUACGGUGCAACGACGUUAUUAUGGAAUUUCUUGUUCUUCUGUUGCCAAAGCAAUGAUUGAUGAGGACGUGGUUUAUACAAAAUGUGUUGAUGUGUAUUUGUUUUGAGCGUGGGUGAUAUUAUAAAUGAAGUUGAGACAA